CGCAGACAUUGCAACGAAGUUGCAGAGUUGAUAUCGAUCACACUGUCAUCAAUUUGUGUGCAGUGAAGUUAGUUUGGCUUGGUUUAUUGCACGGUUGAGGCGCGCCUGCUCUGGACCAGAAGUUAACCGAUGUUGAAUAUAACAGAGGAAAAUCCGAUUAUUUUGAAAGCGAAUAAUGUAUUGGUCCCUAUCUUUGGGUCUAUUCCUUAGGUUUAUCCCCCACUAUAGAUUUCGAGCGUUUGCAGUUUAGUCAAUGCUCCUCAAAAUUUUAAGAGGUUAUAUUUUGAAGUUCUAAGCAAUGUUUCACAAGAUAUUACAAGAGAUUCAUUCCGGAAUAAAAGGACAAGACAUUUGGAUGAAAUCAAGAUCUAUGACUGUCUAGUUUUUUCGUAAACAGUCUUUGAAUGGUUUAAACAUUGUAUCUUGUAAGCCUUUAAGAACGUUUUCGCGACCACUGCAAUGGCUUUUUUUGUCAAGAAGAAGAAAUUUAAAUUUCAGACAAAUUUAAUUUUGGAGGAGUUGUCCGCAGUGCCUUUUGUCAAUGGAGUAUUGUUUUGCAAACUGAGAUUACUGGAUGGAGGAGACUUUAUUGCAACUUCUUCAAGAGAGGAGGUGCUGGAGAACUGUGUGCACUGGAGGAAGAGGUUCACCUUUGUUUGUAAGAUGAGUGCCAAUCCAACGACCGGGGUGCUGGACCCAUCCAUCUGCAGGGUGUCUGUUAGGAAGGAACUCAAAGGAGGAAAAACUUAUUCAAAGCUGGGUUUCACUGACCUCAACAUGGCAGAGUUUGCUGGCUCAGGUUCCACGGCCCGGUGUUGCCUGCUGGAGGGAUACGACACCAAGUACACCCGACAGGACAACUCUAUACUAAAGGUGUCCAUUGGAAUGACCCUCCUGUCUGGAGACCCCUGUUUUAAAGCGUCCCCCAGUACAGCCAAGUCCAUCUCAGUGUCGGGCCAGGAUCAUGCCCUACAGCUGGACUGUAAAGGGGAGGGCACUGGAGCCUCUACCCUCACUGGAGGGGCCUCAGUAGGUCGCACCAUGAAGCCUCGACCCUCCAUCAUCAGUUCAGGUCUUCCAGAGGAGUCUGAUCUGAACCAGCCCAGCCAAGGAGAGAUCUUCCAGAGAGGCCACUCACGUAACUCCAGCUAUGCUAGCCAGCAGAGUAAGAUAUCUGGCUACAGCACAGAGCACUCCUGCUCCUCCAGCCUGUCCGACCUCACACACCGUCGGAACACCUCCACAGGAAGCAGCGCCUCGGGGGGCCCGAGUGGGACUUUCGACUCCCCCACCGAGGGGGAGAGGGACACCUGGCGACUAGAGAGACCCCCCCGCCCCCCCCGGCCUGUUCUGCCGUCCAACAGACCCCAUAGGAGGAAGCUCGACUCAGUGGAAAGCCAUUCUUCCUGGGUGAAUGACACCCGCAUGAACGCUGACGAUAUCGUGGAAAAGAUCGUCCAGAGCCAGAACUUUGCAGAUCUUAGUAACACUGAAGACAGCAAUCUGCAACUGUUUGUCAGUAGAGAUGGGACCACUGCCUUAAGUGGGAUUCGGCUUGAAAAGGGUGUGUCUGCUGGUGUCUACGAGCCGGUGGUCAUUGAGAGCCAUUAGGGGCGUGGUCAUCACUGGACGUCUGUGUCAUUUCCUGGAGCAGCAGCUGAGCUGGUUGCCAUGAGAGGAUCAACACUGCACCAGGCUUGUCCACUCACUGUGAACGGCAUGUUAUGUUUGUUAUAGUCAAAGUUAUAUGCAUACUGUAUGUACAUAUGCAAAAAUGCUGUUUAACUGCACUGUAGCUGUAGUAUUGGCCAAUUAUUUUGCUUUAGGUGACUCCCUGUUGACCAGGAAACCAUCUUAAGUACCUGUAUGUUUAUCUUUUAGCAUAUGUUUACAGUUGGCUGAUUUUCAUUGUCUGUGAAACUAACUUUAUUCUUUCGUCAUUUAAUGAUAUGUUCCACAAAUGACCCUAUGGCAUUAAGUUAUCUGUGACUAUCGCUACAUGGUGUAGGAGCAUGAGAGCUUGUGUUGUAGAUGAGGGAAGGUGUAGAAUGUAGUGCUCUGAUGCCCCCUUGUGGAUGAAUACCAUGUUGGUCAACUGCAUUGCUUGCUCUUCUGGGGAGACGGGGUAGUUGCCUUAAAGCAAGUAUGUGUGCUCUCAGUAAAUGUCUCUAAACUUUAGAAAGUAUCAGAAUGUUGUCAACCAGCUGGCUAGUUGAUGUCUUUGCUGUUAUAUUUAUGUAACAAUUAACACUAGUUAGAGGGUUGGACAGUGAUUUUAUUUUCUUUGCAAAAUGUUACACAACGUUUUCCUGGUUAAUUAAAUCUAACAGACAUGGAGCUUUCUAUCCUGUUCUGUGUUAACAGGUGUUGCUAUGGAUGGAAGUCUGUAUGUUUUCAUACAAUGAUGGUCCCCUCUUUAGUUAUACCUAUACUUAAAACAUUUCAUAUAACGAACACUGCAAACUCCUGCACUGUAAUCUUUUUAAUUUAAACUAAUGAUUUUUAACAGUUUACUAAAUUUCUCAUGUAUGAUCAAAUUCAUCUUUAAUGACCACUCAUUUGUAACAUCAUAGAAUCAUUUUUGUGAUCGUCACUUGUGCUCUUUAGACAAUAAAAUGUAACCACACACUU